UCAGAAGGUGCUGAGCAUUAGAAAGGGAGAAGCCAGGAUGGCAGCGGACAGCAACAUGGCUCCUGAAGAAAAGCCGAGCGCUGCUCCUGUGAAAAGGGCUGUCCACAAGAUCCGAAUGGCCAGCCAAGUCUUCAGCUUGGCACGAGGCUGGCAGCAGUGGGCAUCUGACCACCACGUAAAGCAAGAGCAAGAGCCCUCUGGAUGGGUCCCCUCCGCACACAGCUCAGCUCAGCCUGUACAAGAAAGCUCCUUUGAAAAACAGCAAAUUCCGUCUGUCAGGAGGGACCAAGAAAAAGAUGGUGAAAAAUCCUUAGCCAAGGAAUUGGUGACAAUAAGAGAUGUGGAAAAAAAAUCAGGGGAACCAGAUGAAGCCCUCAAAAUAUUCAGCAUUAAAAGCAAAGAGGUGACCAAAACAGUGGUCAGCAAAGCCUAUGAACGAGGGGGUGAUAUCAGCCUCCUCAGUGAAAGAUAUGAGAACAACAGCAGCCCUGAGAUGACCAAGCUCAAAGAAGAAUCCAGUGCUAUUGACAAAAUUCUUAAUGGCAAAUUACCUUCAGGCAUAAGGAGAAAGUGUUCAAAUGUGGUAUCAGAGCUGACCAAGGGCUGGGAGCAGAUGGAAGAYGAGGAAAAAGAUGAGGCAAAGGAAGAGCUGCUGCUCAAGUAUCAGGAUGACAGCCUGGAUGCCCAGGACAGCGGYUAUGGGGAAGCAGAGGACAAACUCGAGCAGGAAGAAAGUGACCAGGAGGUGACGGCUGYGAGGAUUAAACGGCCUGUACCAUCCCUGGGCAGCCGGCUGAGCGAGGAGGCGCGGAGCAAAGCGCGCAGGAAAUGCAGCGCCGUGCGCAGCCUCAAGGAGCGCUGGCAGGAAUGGGCUGAGCAGCACAUCACAACGCAGAAACUGAACCCCUUCAGCGAGGAGUUUGACCACGAGCUGGCCAUGGCCACGCGGCUGCACAAAGGAGACGAAGGCUACGGCCAUCCCAAGGAAGGAACCAAAACCGCCGAGAGAGCCAAGAGAGCCGAGGAGCACAUCCACCGGGAGAUCAGGGACAUGUGCUUCAUCAUCGAAUCCAUGGCGAGGCCACGGCCCGACGGCAAGAUCCAAGUGACCUUUGGGGAACUCUUCGACAGAUACGUUCGUAUUUCAGAUAAGGUUGUUGGGAUUCUGAUGAGAGCCAGGAAACACGGGCUGGUGGACUUUGAGGGAGAAAUGUUAUGGCAAGGAAGGGAUGAUAAUGUCAUAAUUACAUUAUUAAAAUAAAUAGGCAGAAACCAGGACAACUUUUGGAAAACUUUUCUCCCCUUCUCCCCUGCCAUUAGCAUUUGCACAUUUUGAAUAUAAGAUUCCUGUUCACCACACAGAAAAGAGUGUUUUUUGAAAUAUAUAUUUUAUACCUAGUGCAUGAUAACCCAAGCAUCCAAAUGGACUUCAUUUUAUACAGCAAUUAAGUUAAUUACUACAUGAAAAAUAAUAGAACAAUCUAUGUGGAAUAUAAGCAGCUGAUGAUGAAAGCCCAUAGCAAURUAAAUAGCUACAAAUUAAUUCAAAUUUCUACUUCUUAGAUUAAGAUAUUCCCAACYUAUUUAAAUUGGAAUAUCAGGAAUAUGAAACAUACCAGAUCAGAAUUUGAAUGACAAUAUAAACUCAAACCAAGUUUUUGAUCUGCAAAAUGGUCUUGCACAUGCAUUCCCUAAUUAAUUUAUUAAAAUGCAAGUAAAAAUAUUUUAAUACAGAAUCAAGGAUACCAAUUUGUUUUCUUUACAAGCAGGAUAUGCAGCUACUACUACAGUAUUACCUUGUGGCAACUGUUGACACAGCUUUCUCUUACAUAUUGCAUAAAGAAUUCUUCUUUUUAUAAAUGGCAUUUUAUAUAUUUAUUGUAUUUAUAUAACUGUUUUUUUAAGAUAAGUUUCAUAUUUAAACUUAUGGAGGUUGGAAUGUAAUGAAUAAAAGUUUUUAUUAGAUAGCUACAAAAAAAAUACCUUCUAUGCAWCGUUGUGCAAUGUAUCAUCUGAGUAUCUAUGCAGAUACUGUUCUAACAA